GGCGUGGGACACAUUCUGCUGUGGAUGAGAGAAGGGGAUGCGCCGCCGAUUACGCACGGCGUUACAGGAACUUUACACUUAUGAAGAAAGCAUGAACGAUAACUCCGAUACUUUCAAUCGAAUAUGUGACGAAUGUCUCCAGAGUGUGUAACAAGCAGCCGACACAGGAUCUUACAUUCAGUAUUAGACUCCUCCUAACCCUUAGUGGACGACAAAAUUCACGUUCAGCCCCUGACCAACGGUGACAUCCCAUCAUGCCACUGCUGGUGUUCCCUACUUCCCAGCUGCUAUGGGUACGCGUAGCCGCCCUGCUGUUCAGCUGCGUGGCGUUCAGCGUCGCAGCACAUGGAGCCUACCUGCCCCAUGGAGGCAUGGCUGACUGGUGCAUCUUCUGCUGGGCGUUCAGCUUUGCCUGCACCCUGGUGGUGCUGCUGGUGGAGCAGUGUGGCCUCCAGCCCCGCGUCCCCGUCUCCUGGUCCAACUUCCCCAUCACGAUCGCCUGCUAUGCCGCCCUCCUCUGCCUCUCUGCAUCCAUCAUCUUCCCUGUGUUUUUCCUCAAGGACCAGCAGCUGCACAGCGAGGUUCGCGACCAUCGCAUCGCCUCCACGGUCUUCUCCUGCCUGGCUGCAGUGGCCUAUAUGGGGGAGGUGAGCCUGUCAAAAGCGAGGCCAGGAGAGGUGGCGGGUUACAUGGCGACGGCUCCAGGUUUACUCAAAGUGUGCCAGACCUUUGUGGCCUGCGUUAUCUUCAUCCUAGUCAGUGACCCUGUGUCCUAUGAUCACCAUGCAGCACUGAAGUGGUGUAUGUCGGUUUACUGCAUCUGCUUCAUCCUCUCCAUGGCUGUGGUGGUGCUGUGUGUGGGAGAGUGCACCGGCUGCCUGCCCAUCCCGUUCUCCAAGUUCCUGUCAGCAUACGGACUCUUGGCUGUUAUCAUGUAUUUGACGGCUACCAUCAUCUGGCCCGUGUUCCAGUUCGAUAAGCAUUACCGGUACAGAGGGCAGGAAUCUCCUAAAGUGAUCGCCGCGGCUGUGCUCACUGCCCUCAAUUUUCUGCUUUACCUCGCCGACCUGGCCUACACCGCCAGAUUAGUGUUUGUCAGCGUUUGAGAAGAGAAGAAGUGAAGAAAAACGACACGAAUGAAGAACAGACAUCAAGUGGCUAAGAGCUUGACUGGCUUUGCAGAGUAGUGUAGCUGAUGUGGAGUUUCUGAUGAAAAAAAGACCCUUUUGUCCUUUUUGCUUCAUAUUUGUAAAAUGCUGAAAUUAGAUCCACGGUAGCUCCAAAAACCCAAAGCUCCAUGACAGUGUGUGUGUUUGUAGGUGGCAACAGUACAGUAUUAAACCUCAAAUGUGAAAACAUCAGUGUCAAAUGUGCAGUAUAGCAUCAAUUAUCUAAACGUGAGAUUUUACAAAAUCAUGACAAAAGAACAAACUAAAAUCCAAUCAAGUCAACACACUGGAACAUGGAACCACAACAACCAAAGAGAAAGAUUUGUUUGCCAUUCUUUUCUUUAUCUUUUGUUCGUGAGCUUUUGUCUCCAUAGCAAAGUAUCAGUAUUGGCACAUUUUGAAAUAAUGUAAUUUGAAUAAACGAAGUGUUUAGCUGAACCAAUAAAGGUUUUAUUUUAAAGUACGUGUGAUGGAAUCUACAACAGCCUUUGCUGCUCCCUUGAGUCUUGUGAUCAGUAAAGAAAUGAGAUGAGAUGAGGUGUCAAAGACAACAGGAAGCAGAUUCACCACCUUUUUCCUCUUCACUGACAUUUGGUGUUGGGGCGUUUCCUUAUCCCUUAAAGGUUACACUUUUUCACCUGUUACGCAACUGCCACACUAAAUAUAUGAAUUCUUAAUUAGACAUUUUGUUUUUUAACAGAAACAUACAGAAAUGAUCCUGAAAAUGUCCCUUUCAAGUGUAGAUAGAAUUUGUAUUCGUUGACUUUUUUGAAAUGAACAGAAGUCACUGCAGUCAUAGCAGCAGCUGGUUAGGAGUCUGUGCUGCCUGAUUUCUUCAGUGAAACAUUUGUUUUUAUUGUUUGAAUUGACAGUUUCCGCUGAAACUGAGAGUGCGACAGCUCAGUGAAGCCAAAACUGACAGUCAAGACGAUUUCAGCUUUUUUUAAAAGGUUAUCGCAGUAAUCUAAGUGAUAAGUUGCCGUUGGUGUUGCUGACGGUGAAGUCUGCUGAGUUUCUUCGAGGACUACUUUUGCAUCACCUUGCUCUGACUUUUGCAUUUCCUCUGACAACUAGAGAAAGCCUUAGCUGUGUUAUGAAACAGCGUCAUGUGUGAGAGAAAACCACACAUGGCUGCGAUCAAAGCUGCUCAGGCCCGAGUCUGCACUAUUUAGAAAGAAAGCUAGUGGAGCUGGUUGGCCAAGACUGCAUCAGUGAGAAGAUGAUGUAGUUAUCACCGGGAAUUUGACUGCAGCAAUGUUGUGCUUUGACUGUAACACAGUAGUUUGUAAUAGUGUGACACUGACACCAUGUUGCAGUUGUGUGAGUGCAAGCAUCGGUUUGCUGGCUGAGAGAUGUGUUGAAUGUCUGUAUUACUGAACUCCUGUGGUGUGUGUGGCCUGUGGGUAGCACAUCAUAGCACUGCAGGUUCAAAUACAGUGUUUAUAAAAAGUC